CGGAGCCCGGAGCGCUGCCGAGGGAGCCCCGGUGAGCCGUGUGAGCCCGGAGCGCUGCUGGGGAUGGCGGUGGCCGGCAGGUGAACAGCGCCAGCGCCGCAGAGGAGCGGGCGCUCGGGGGGCGGGUUGGCUCACAGUGUGUGAUCUUCAAUUCAAUUCCUGUGUCAUGGAUGAAACUGCUUUGUCCCUUGGAACAAUAGAUGUUUCCUAUUUGUCCACCUCAGCAGACUGCAGCAUCAGUAGAUGUAAGCAUUCCAGUGAAGAGUGGGGAGAGUGCAACUCUCGCCCCACUCUGUUCCGAUCUGCCACUUUAAGGUGGAAGGAGGCUCUGCUGAGCAGGAAAAGGCCGUUUGUGGGACGAUGUUGCUAUGUAUGCACUCCCCAGAGCCGGGAUAACUUCUUCAAUUCUAGUAUUCCUUCUUUGGGUCUACGUAAUGUCAUAUACAUCAAUGAAACACAUACAAGGUACAGAGGGUGGCUUGCGAGACGCUUUUGUUAUGUCCUUUUUGUGCAAGAGAGGGAUGUUCAUAAGGGUAUGUUUGCCAAGAAUCUGACAGAAAAUGUGCUGAAUAGCAGCAGAGUCCAGAAGGCCAUUGUAGAUGAAGCUUCUGAAGCAAGUACUCCAGGUAGUUUUGUUCAGACGGAUCCUAAAGCUAUCAACAAAGUGAAGAAAAAAGCUAGGAAAAUUCUCCAGGAAAUGGUAGCAAAUGUGUCACCUGCUUUAAUCAGGUUGACUGGCUGGGUGUUACUGAAGUUGUUUAACAGCUUCUUCUGGAAUAUCCAGAUCCACAGAGGUCAAAUAGAAAUGGUCAAAGCAGCAACAGAGAUGAAUUUGCCUCUUAUCUUUUUGCCUGUUCACAAGUCCCACAUUGACUACCUGCUUCUUACAUUUAUUCUUUUCUGCCAUAACAUCAAAGCACCCUACAUAGCUGCAGGGAACAAUCUCAACAUCCCCAUCUUCAGCACACUGAUCCGCAAGCUGGGAGGAUUUUUCAUCCGUCGGAAGUUGGAUCAGAGCCCUGACGGUCGUAAGGAUUUCCUGUACAGAGCUUUGCUCUACGUGCACAUAGAAGAAUUGUUGAGACAGCAGCAGUUUUUAGAAAUAUUCUUGGAAGGCACAAGGUCUCGAAGUGGAAAGACAUCUGGAGCUCGAGCGGGUCUUCUGUCUGUGGUGGUGGAUGCCCUCUUCUCAAAUGCUACUCCCGAUGUCCUAAUUAUACCAGUGGGAAUCUCCUAUGAUCGCAUCAUUGAAGGUCAUUAUAACAGUGAACAGCUGGGCAAGCCUAAGAAGAAUGAAAGUCUUUGGAGUAUAGCUAGAGGAGUCUUCAGAAUGCUGCGGAAGAAUUAUGGAUGUGUCAGAGUAGAUUUUGCACAACCAUUUUCCUUAAAAGAAUAUGUAAACAGCCAAAGCCAAAAACCUGUGCCUGCUCCUCUUUCUUUGGAACAAGCUUUGUUACCAGCUAUACUUCCAUCAAGACCUAAUGAUACUGUGGAUGAAAGUGCAGAGGCCUCGCUGCCCAACUCCAGGGAUAUCACCAGUGAACCCUUUAGAAGAGAGUUGAUAUCCAACUUGGCUGAGCACAUUUUGUUCACUGCUGACAAGUCCUGUGCUGUGAUGUCUACUCACAUUGUUGCCUGUUUGUUGCUGUACAGACACAGGCAGGGAACUGAUCUUUCCAGACUGGUAGAAGAUUUCUUCUCCAUGAAGGAGGAGGUCCUAGCCCGUGACUUUGACUUGGGAUUUUCAGGGAACUCCGAUGAUGUUGUCAUGCAUGCCAUCCACUUGUUGGGGAAUUGUGUAAAUAUCACAAACACGAGCAGAAACAAUGAGUUCUUUGUCACUCCCAGCAUCACAAUACCUGCUGUCUUUGAACUCAACUUCUACAGCAAUGGACUACUUCAUGUAUUCAUUAAAGAGGCUGUUAUUGCCUGCAGUCUUCACGCAAUUCAGAGCAGGAGAUGCAGAAAUGGUACCAGUGGUGCUGCUCCCAGUUUAAUCAGUCAGGAACACCUGGUCCGAAAAGCUGCCAGCUUGUGCUACUUGCUUUCUAAUGAAUUCAGUGUGUCUUUGCCCUGCCAGGUGAUCUAUCAAGUUUGCCAUGAAUCUGUGGAAAGGCUGAUCCAGUAUGGCAUUCUGCUGGUGGCUGAGCAGGAUGAUCAGGAGGAUGUUAGCCCCAGUCUUACAGAACAGCAGUGGAAUAAAAAACUCCCUGAGCCAAUAUCUUGGAGAAGUGAUGAGGAAGAUGAAGACAGUGAUUUUGGAGAGGAGCAGAGAGAUUGCUACCUGAAGGUGAGCCAGUCUCAAGAGCACCAGCAGUACAUCACUUUCCUGCAGAGGUUACUGGGACCGUUACUGGAGGCAUACAGCUCUGCUGUGAUCUUCGUGCACAAUUUUAGUGGUCCUGUGUUAGAGUCUGAAUAUAUUCAGAAGCUACACAGGCACUUAAUAAGCAGGACGGAGAAGAAUGUUGCUGUGUAUGCUGAGAGUGCUACCUACAGUCACGUGAAAAAUGCAGUGAAAGUCUUCAAGGAAAUUGGAGUUUUCAAGCAGACUCAGCAAAAGAAAGAUGUCAUUUUGGAACUUGGCACUACGUUCCUACCUCAGCGCAACAGGCAGAAACUACUGGAAUUCGUCAUGAGCUUCAUGGUGUUAUAGACCACACACAGCACCUUUGUCCAGGGACACGAGGACAGGUUUUGAGACUGUGGCAAAGCCUGGGGACAUCUGCUAAUCCUUCAAAGUGUAAGGUGCCACUGUCUGGGUAAGGCCUUCUCUGACUUGAACUACUGGAAGACAAGUGCCUUCUUACGUGUGCAUUUAUGGGUUUCUUACAGUCCCAGUCCUGUUGUAAUACAGCGAAACUCAGAUGGCACUUUCGAUACAAGUAAUUAAACAUGUUGCAAAAAAAUAAGAUAAAUUAUUAGAAUUAGAUUUUAAAAAAAGUUUUAUCAGUGUUACAUUUUAAAUGAACUUUUAAAGACUGUACCAGAUGCACAAGUACAAUAUUGGUGUUCUGUAGCUAACCCUGAGAUCUUGAGUUUAGUGGCAACACAGUUUAUGGCUUAACCAAGUAACUUUCAUUCCAAUUCAGUUUUAUUGUUUUAAAUAAAUGGUUUAAAAAUUUUGCUUAGGUAGGCUAUAUACUUCAUGGAUAAAGCCAUAGUUUUUCUUAAGUGUUAACAUAAAUGCCAAAAUUCUAAUGAAAAUUACAGGUACAGACAUCUGAGAAUAAUGAUCAUGUAGCAGGUGAUUGUGAGAAAUGUCAGCAGGCACACCUUGCACUAUUAAAGUUGUGUAGUGCAGUGGUAAAUUGCACUAAUCACUGCUGUCAGGAAGAAUGUGAGAGUAGUGUUGUUUUUAUUAUGGCAUCUGUCAUUCAGCGAUGAGUCAGGAGACAGUUGCCUGAAUGUGAAUAUCUUGUAAAAUCUUAGAUAAUUAUUUAAUUGCAAAAAAUCCAUAAUAAGUUCAAGGGGGUGUUUUUUGUUUUGUUUUUGAUUUUUUUUAAUUAAUAGGAUGUCAGAUUUUUUUUAAGUGGAGUAAAGACUUGAUUUGGUGAAAUAAGUUUUAAUUUUGGCCCUAAAAAAUUUAGCAAUAAUUCCAUCAGUUGUUUGGAAACAAAUGUUCAUAUUGUAUUCUGAUGUUGAGCAGACCUAAAUUGGCAUGAAGUAGUACCUAUAGAAACACAAAAAUACAAACAAUGUACUUCUGACUGUGGUCUGACUUACAAAAAAAAUUAAUUCAUAGGCAAAACUGAAUGGUGAAUAAAUUCUGUCCUAUGGAACAGGACUCUGGUGUUGCAAUUUGAUCCUUUCUCAUGGAGGACUUGCACUGUAGAUUUCAUCUUCUCUUCAUGUGAGGGCAGAUUAAUUUGCAGCCUGUAGUCCUGUAUUUUAGUACAGCUGAUUUAGCUGAAGCAAUAACUUGGUGGUAUGUGAAGCUGGUUUGCUUGUGAAAUGUGUUUUCCCUCCUUUCUGCCUUCUAGAUGAGGGAAAUUAAACAUUUCCUUUGCUGCAUUACUUUGCUUGAUUCUCACAUUCUUGGCUUGUGAGCAGAAAAUCCCCCAAACUUCAUCAUGUAAUCUCUGUUGCUUAACACAAACAUGGAAAAGCAUACUUGAAUCCCAGCACUUGCACUGUUAUGCCAGCACAAAACUGAUGCACACAAUUCGAGUUUGUGGCCAAGGAGCUUGCGUUUGUACUGCACAUUUGUCAACAAGUAUUUCUGUAAUUUUUUUUAUGAAAUGCUAUUAAUAUUGGAAAGCUGCAGUUUAUAGUUUAUUAGCAUUAUACUGUUAGCACUGUGAGAUGCGUGUGUUUUGUCACUAAACCAGGUGCUCUACAACACUUAAAAAAUUUCUGAACCAAAGCUACAUUAAUAUGGAUAAACACUGACCCUUGAGUCGCUUGUGUUCUUAUGUCCUUCUGCUGUCUCAGCAGGACUGACUACAUCACACAUAAUUUGUUUUGUGAAGGCUACCAGCUGUUUAGAAAACAGGUUCAUCUCAUACUCACUGAUGUGCACUGUUCAUCCACCUGAUGAAUUCUCCAUACAAUGUUUGUUGCUGAUGGCUUCCAUUUAAUAUAAAAAAAAAAUCUAGGUGCUUCUGAAUAACGAGCUGUCAUAGUUUACGGCACUUCAACAAAACUGAAGUGUACUAACAGCAAAGAUUGUACAUAAAAAAAAAAAAAAAUUAAAAAUGAAGCAAUAUGAAGCAAACAAAACUUGAGUCAU